GGAGAGUUAGUUUUACUAGAAUUUUAUCAUCAUCAUCAUCAUCAUCAUCAAAGGAGAGAAGAAUGGCAGCUCGAGGUGACGGUCAAAGAAGAGGAGGCGGCGGCGGCGGCGGCGGCGGUGGUGGCGGUGGCGGUGGACGACCAUUUGUUCAUCAUCAAAGAGGAGGUCCUCCUAUUCAUACUAAACCCGCUCCCCCUGUCGAUCGCGAAAAGACCUGUCCGUUGCUACUUCGUGUUUUCACUAAGGUUGGUGGUCAUCACAGCCAGGCAGACUUUGCAGUCAGAGGCAAGGAGCCUAAAGAUGAAGUCCAAAUAUAUACUUGGAUGGAUGCUACGCUUCGUGAGCUAACCGAUCUGGUAAAGGAGGUAGCUCCAGAAGCUAGAAGAAGAGAUGCUUGGCUGUCGUUUGCUUUUGUAUAUCCUACUAAAACUGGUCAUUUUACUGUCAAAGAGGUCGGGAAAACCUUGUCCUAUCCAAAUGCAAGAAGACCAGAUGAUGGCACCAAGGCCCUCGGUAACCUUAGCUUUGAGAUCGGAGAUUAUCUGGAUGUGGCUAUUCUGUAGAUCCCUAUAUAAUCUACUGAUCCCCAAGGUCGUAGUUGUAUCUUGUGAUUUCGGCUUUGUUAAACAAUAUGGUCUGCUAGACUUUGUAUUGAAUCGUGGAUUAGUUUAGUUAUUGUGUGGAGACUCGCCCUUAAUUUUA